UAAACGGAUGUAGGUCAUUGACUACGUCAGUAUACUGCGCCUAUCAAACAGAUCACAAAAACAUUUUUCAAGGCCUUUUGUGGCGUGAUAGUUUGAGUAUAUCUAGUCAUGGCUAUGCAAGCAGCAAAACGAGCAAACAUACGAUUACCUCCAGAAGUUAACAGAAUCCUGUACAUAAGAAACCUGCCAUACAAGAUCACAGCUGAAGAGAUGUACGACAUCUUUGGAAAAUAUGGACCAAUUCGUCAGAUUCGAGUGGGGAAUACACCAGAAUCAAGAGGCACAGCAUAUGUCGUCUAUGAAGACAUAUUUGAUGCCAAGAACGCGUGUGAUCACUUGUCAGGAUUCAACGUCUGCAACAGAUACUUGGUGGUUUUGUACUACAACGCUAACCGGGCUUUCCAGAAAAUGGACACAAAGAAGAAGGAGGAGCAGUUGAAGCUGCUGAAAGAGAAAUAUGGCAUCAACACAGACCCACCAAAGUAGCUACCUUGAAAACUUUUCAUCCCUCUUUGAUAAGAAAAAAACAAUUACACACAUGUACAAAUUCACACAUCAAUUAUUACUUACACACUCAAGAACAUUGUCCUUGUCACAAGGUACAGUAAACACAUGUUGCACACUCAUCAUUAGUGAACAUCUUUGCAUUUACCAAUUUUUUGCUUUUGGAUCAAUUUUUGUCAUGAAGGUAAUUAUUGAUAAUUAUCCUGUGGGGAAUUCCCAUUGAACCUCUUUUUUAUUUUAAUGCAUUCUGGUAGAUUUGUAUUACUUAGUCCUGUUUUAUUGUGUUGUUUAGAUUUUUUUGUGUAAUAAAAUGUCAUUUUAUUAAAACCUCUGACCAUAA